AUGAUCAUGAAGCAUCACCGUGUCUUCUUCCUGUUCUUUUUAUUUUUCUUACCGUUUUUCACCUUCAGUCUCCACCACAAUGAUACUCAUGCACUCACCCUCUUCCGCCUCCAAACCGACCUUCACGGCUACCUUCUUUCCAACUGGACCGGCGGAGACGCCUGCGCCGCUGAAUGGCGCGGCGUCCUCUGCUCCCCGAACGGCCGUGUUACCGCCCUCUCCCUACCUUCCCUCAACCUCCGUGGCCCCCUCGACCCUCUCACUCCCCUCACCCACCUACGCCUCCUUGACCUCCACGACAAUCGCUUGAACGGCACCGUUUCGCCGCUCCUCUCCAACUGCACCAACAUCCAACUGCUCUACCUCGCCGGCAACGACUUCUCCGGCGAGAUCCAGCCGGAGAUAUCCUCCCUCAAAUCCCUUCUCCGCCUCGACCUCUCCGACAACAACAUUCACGGCAAGGUUGACUUUCUCUCCAACUUAACUCAACUCAUCACACUGAGACUCCAGAACAACCUUCUCUCCGGUGAAAUCCCUGACCUAUCUGCCUCCAUGCAAAACCUCAGAGAAGUCAACCUCACAAACAACGCCUUCUACGGUCGUUUACCAAACCCCAUGCUGAAGAAAUUCGGUGUCACGGCCUUCUCAGGUAACGAGGGUUUAUGUGGUGCAACACCGUUACCUGUGUGUUCCUUCACCACAAACCCUCCAAACGACAAUGAGAAUAACAACGAAAAUGAACCUUCCCAGACAGUUCCUUCAAACCCUAGUUCCUUCCCAGAAACCAGCAUAAUAGCUCGACCGGGGAAGGAGCGCCAUAAGGGUUUAAGUCCCGGUGCCAUUGUGGCAAUUGUUGUGGGGAAUUGUGUGGCGUUGCUUGUGAUGACAUCAUUUCUAGUGGCGCAUUGUUGCGCGAGGGGAAGAGGGUCUAGUUUGGUGGGGAGUGGGGAGAGUUAUGGGAAGAGGAAGAGUGGGAGCAGUUACAAUGGGAGUGAGAAGAAGGUGUAUGGGAGUGGGGGUGGUGAGAGUGAUGGGACUACGGGCACUGAUAGGAGUAGGCUUGUGUUUUUUGAUCGGAGGAGUGAGUUUGAGUUGGAGGAUCUGCUGCGUGCAUCGGCGGAGAUGCUUGGGAAGGGUAGUUUAGGGACGGUUUAUAGGGCGGUGCUUGAUGAUGGGUGCACCGUGGCGGUGAAGAGGCUGAAGGAUGCCAACCCUUGCGCCAGGCAUGAGUUUGAGCAGUAUAUGGAUGUGAUUGGGAAGCUUAAGCACUCUAAUGUUGUGAGACUCAAAGCCUAUUACUAUGCCAAAGAGGAAAAGCUUCUUGUCUAUGACUAUCUCUCCAAUGGAAGCUUGCAUGCUCUUCUUCAUGGGAACCGUGGUCCGGGGAGGAUUCCAUUGGACUGGACUACUAGAAUAAGCCUGGUGUUGGGAGCAGCAAGAGGUCUAGCGAAGAUCCACGCAGAGUACAGCGCAGCAAAAGUGCCUCACGGGAACGUGAAAUCUUCGAACGUGCUUCUAGACAAAAACGGCGUCGCCUGCAUCUCGGACUUCGGGCUAUCACUCCUCUUGAACCCGGUUCACGCCAUUGCACGACUGGGAGGGUACAGGGCCCCCGAACAGGAACAGCACAAGAGGCUGUCUCAGCAAGCUGACGUGUACAGCUUCGGGGUGUUGCUGUUGGAAGUUCUCACAGGAAGAGCUCCUUCGUCGCAGUACCCUUCACCGGCUCGUCCCAGAAUGGAGGAAGAGGAACAGGCCGUGGUGGACCUUCCCAAAUGGGUUCGCUCCGUCGUGAAGGAAGAGUGGACCGCAGAGGUGUUUGACCAGGAGCUUUUGCGCUACAAGAACAUCGAGGAAGAGCUUGUGUCCAUGUUGCAUGUGGGGUUGGCCUGUGUGGUGGCGCAGCCGGAGAAGAGGCCAACUAUGGAAGAAGUUGUGAAAAUGGUUGAGGAGAUCAGGGUGGAGCAAUCGCCACUUGGGGAGGACUAUGAUGAAUCGCGCAAUUCGCUUUCACCUUCCAUUCCCACCACUGAAGAUGGUCUACCUUAGGAGUAUGUUCAAAUCUUAUUGUAUGGUAUAUACAAGAUUAAUUAAUGUCAUAUGCUACUUACUUUCACUGCAGUGAUUAGCUCCUCUUUCUGGUUGCAUUAUCUCAGUGCACGUUACCUUUUGCUUUUGCUAUAACUGUUCUUUGUAAAAUUUGUGAGUUCUGUGGAAUUCCAUUGUCGAACGUGACACAAAUCUGAAUUAUCGAUGCUCUUAAUAAUUAUUGUCUUGUUGAA